AUGAGUGCCCGAUUCCUUCGCCGCGUGCUGCCAACCGUCCGGGAUCAGGCCCCCAACUCAGCAUUCGUGUCUGCUGAACGUCGUGUGCAUAUCCUGUUUCGGCCCCGGGAUCCACCGGAUUCAAGGGCGACUCUUUGCACUAAGGCCCUUCACCGCAAUAUAGAAACCCGCCUCGCCCGCUCUUACGCCGUUCCCAUCGCGAGAGCAUCGUCCUUCUGGUCUAUCUCGAUUUCCCUCGUUCUUUUAUGCGGUGGCCUAGCUUUGAGUAGCUCAGCUGCGAAAUUUUGGCUCUUUGAAACCUCUGAAGUAAUCAAGCCACCCGAAGACCUCGUCAAACACCGCCUAAGACACCCCGAAUCAUUAGACACUAUGCCAGAAACAACCCAAGCCGGCCAUAUUGGUAAUCUCACAGCGGAGCAGACAACGAAGCUGCAAGAGUUUUGGAUUGCGCUGUUUAGGUUGAUCGGUGAGGUGGAUUUACCUGAAGAGAAAGAGUCAAAUGCAGAACGCAAAUCAGAUGAAGUUGUGACCUCUGACUCGACGAAACCCAAACGUAAACUUGGAUUGUUUAAUAAAAAGGAUGCCGCCUCUUCUGAUGCAACUGAAACGAAAACACCUGAUGUUGAAGAUAAAUUCGGUCAAACCAAGGACUUUCACGAAGCACUAGCGACUUAUAGCCCAGAAGAGCUGAGACUUGCAUUUUGGAAUAUGUUAAAGAAAGAUCACCCGGAUGUUCUUCUACUGCGAUUCCUCCGCGCGAGAAAAUGGGAUGUGAAUCGAGCUCUAAUCAUGUUUAUAUCUGCUCUCCACUGGAGAGCUCAGACCAUUAAUCUUGAGGAAAAGAUCAUGCAACCCGGCGACAUUGGGGCCCUCGAGGAUAUAAAGAGCACCGAUCCAACAAUCAAGAAAGAAUCCGAGGACUUCUUGUCUUUACUUCGACUAGGCGAGAGUUUUAUUCAUGGAGCUGACAUUGCUGGCCGACCGGUGUGCUACAUUCGAGUGAAAUUACAUAGAAUUGGAGCGUUUUGUGAAGCGGCUUUGGAAAAGUACACGGUGUACCUCAUUGAAACUUCAAGGUUACUUUUGGAAUCGCCUACGGAGACUGCAGCGCUGGUUUUCGAUUUGACUGACUUUUCGCUUGUAAACAUGGACUAUGCGCCGAUCAAAUUCAUGAUCAAAUGCUUUGAAGCGAACUACCCUGAAAGUCUAGGGAUAAUUCUCGUACACAAAGCCCCGUGGCUAUUUUCUGGUAUCUGGGCUGUUAUCAAGGGCUGGUUAGACCCCGUGGUUGCCGCUAAAGUCCAUUUUACAAAAACUGCCGAAGAUCUUGAAGCGUAUAUUCCUCGGGACCAGCUCAUCAAAGAAAUAGGCGGUGACAACCAAUAUGAAUACAAAUAUAUAGAGCCGAAAGAAGGUGAAAAUUCUAAACUCGGAAACAUGGAAGAGAUGGAUAAGUUGAACGCAAAGCGACUAGAAUACACAUCUGAGUUUCAACUCGCGACGAAAUUGUGGGUUGCUGCACAUAGUGCGUCUGACACCGCUAAGGCUGCCCAACUGAUGAAAAGGAGAAACGAGCUCGCUGGGCGUUUGUACGAUAACUAUUGGCAACUUGAUCCCUAUAUGCGUGCUCGAUCACUUUACGACCGCCUCGGCCUUAUUCCGUCAUCACAUGCCAGAAAGAAUAUCCCGUCAAGAACUACGAGUAUCCGAACAACACUUUCCGAAAAAUGUAGCAUGGAAGUGGCUACAAGGCCGAUAUUGGUUGAUGGUGACAUCAACUAA